AUGGUGGCGUGUAUGGCUGAAAACAAGGUUGAACAAAGACACAUCUUGCUUUCACUGAAGAAACAUAAUCCGGGCAACUUGAGUAUCCUCUCUCAAGUUUAUAGUUAUGUUAAAAAGUACUGCAGGUCUCAAAGGGGUCCAUUAACUGAAAUGCAACAUUUGAUAAAGUUGUUGCAAGGUGGCAAAUAUAAGUAUUGGGAGAGGCGACAACCUCAGUCAGAUGUUUGUAGAUAUAUUUUCUGGAGUCAUCCUGAUGCUAUCGGACUUUUCAACACAUUCCCAAAUGUUUUUGUUCUUGAAAAUCAUGGCGUGUACAAGCUGUACAAAGAUCCGGUGUCAUUCAAGUAUAAAACCACUAGAGCUAGAAAAUCAGCAUACCCUUUUAAACUAAAUUGA